AUGGCGAACCUCAGGCGCUCUGCAGAGUCAUGGAGCGACUGGACAGAAGCAGAUCUCGAUGCAUAUGACAUUGUCGUUGUUUCAGAAGAUGCAGCCACCUUCUUCGGUCAGGCCGUCCUGCCAGAGCCUCAUGUGCAGCAGGAGCUCCUAGACUAUCAAAAAGCAGAAGACAUGGUGAACGACAACAACGCAGAGCUAAUCAACCUACUCGACCUCGUGAUGGUUCCAUCUUCCGAGGACUCUGCGGUUGUGGAUUUUACUACCGAGCUCUUGAAGACAUUGGGAUAUGCGAAGCGGCAUCGUGUUGCUCGGACGCGCAAAAACAUUCCUUUGCUCAUCUGCGGGGAAUGGCGACACGCCAAAGCGGAUGUCUGCGUUAUGGAUCGCGGUGACCAAGAUGAUAUCAUGCUGCUGGUCCAGGAGGACAGACGGUUCGGCCAGGGCGAAAGUGCGAGUAGUGAUCCGCAAGCACAGCUCAUCGGCGCAGCCAUCGCGACUUUCUCUCAGAAUAAGCGUCGUCGAAUUGAAGCCGGCCUCCCUUCGCGUGAUUCAAAGCAUUUUAUCCCCGGGAUUGUCGUAGCUGGAACGACUCCGACUUUCUACAAAAUCUAUGUCAACUCUGAACUCGAACACUCCAUCCGUCAUGGGUUGUAUCCUUGCAUGAGAGCCCGAGUAUCCAGGCAUCGACCUGCCGUAUCGCGGCCGGGUCAUCGUUGGAGCGAGGGGAUGGAACCUUUAGAUGCCAGGAAGGAAAUUCUAAGGUGUUAUGAAGCGUUCAAGGCAAUUGUCGGUUUUUGA